UGAUGCCCUUCUGGUUUGCGUAGGUGUACUGUAUUGUACACGACUGUAUAGUUGUGGUCGUGUAGGCAACAAUCUAGUGUUGCUAUCACUGUCCUCACACGCCACAGUUAUAUGUAGCUCGUAUACAUGUACAGUGAAGUGGUGACUAGCUUUGAGAGCUCAUAACUCUAGUAUACAAGGUCCAAUUUCAGUGGUUUAAAGAUGAAGUUGAAACUGAAAGUGAGCUCUUUCCCCCUAGCUAAUAUGAUUAGCCCUGUAUUAUUGAUACUGCCUCAAAGUUGCGUACAUAACACCAAUAAUUAUAAGCGCCUUGUAAACAGCGUACUUAUUCCGGGUUGUGUACAUAACCGCCAGCUGUGUGUACAAGGCUUAGACAAUGACUUAAUGUAUGUAUACAGUAGAGAUUGCAUUGAUAACAAUCGCUAAUCACCCUUUGUGAAGGUCAGAGUGCAUGCAUGUCAUCAUGUGAUAUAUGUAAGGCUACAGUUUAGUAUAUAAAUGCUUCGUUAAACAAAUACGUGUAGGUGUAGACUAAGCUAACUGAUAUGCUGUAGGAAUGGUGGUUUCAUUUAACUAUAGCUUCAUUGUGUAUAGGAUUAUGUAGUUGAAGCUUAUUGAGACUAUAUAUAGAGUCAGUGCUAUCAAGGGCUUAUGAAGAGAAGUUUAAAGUUAUAAACUCUUGCUGAUGUCUUUUUACUCUGGUAUCAAGUCUUCCUUCAAGAGAGGUUCCAAACCCACCUCUCAACCCAUUGGCAAAUCAUCGAGCAAUGGCCGUGUCGCCGCAAAUCCAUUCCAAGACAGUAAGAAAUCACUUCCAACAAUCCCGUUCUCAGAUCAGCCCAACACGCGGCGAAUGAUUGUCCUUCAAGAAUACAAAGCCGUCGACAAUCAAGGCCUGACAGUGCAGAGGGGAGAACAAGUUCAAGUCCUGAGCCAAGAAGGGGAUUGGUAUUAUGCUCGAAACGAAACCAAGAAACAAGGAUUUGUACCGUGCUCACAUCUAGUACUCCCGUACUCUGCAACAAGGACGAAGAAAUCGCACACACACCCGAUACGCCCUGUGGCAAGCAACUCGACCAUCCAUGAAAUGGAGCACGUGCACCAGGGUGGGGUGCCUAUGUACCCAAGCCACUCGGCCGGUAUACCGAGGCCUCAGGACGAGUUUAUGAAUCGAGCGAAUGCGUUCGCACGACGUGGCAGUUCCCCUCAAGUGCUGGCCGUGAACGAAACGUGUAAUAACAACAACGGAACGACCAAUGGGAUGACAGUAGCGAUGUACGAACAGAAAUAUUCGCCGUCCUCUUCGAGCGGUGUUGCCAGUAUGAAUGGACCGUCCUCUCCCAGUUUUCAGUCGCUACCCGAGAAUUACUCACAGGACAUUAAUGGGCCACAUUCUAGUGGUAGCAGUGUGACACAGGAACGGACAUCUCUCUCGAGCAUCGAGGAGAAUGGAAUCGAACCACCCAACGGUUAUCACAUGCAGAAUGGAGUCGGAUUUGAGGAGCCUGGAAUGCGAUCGCAGCGUACGAACUCUGAAUCAAGCCUCAUGCACAUGCAGGCACGCCCCCUACCACACCCACCUCCUCUGCCGAACCAUGAGGGAGUGUAUCUCGACAAGAGAAUGCAGCACAUUUAUAGUACUAUCACAAACGGCGAGAACCCACCACCAAUCCCCCCCAGGGAGAGACCCCCUGCGCUCAUGUCUCACAGUCAACCUUACCCCGAUAGUGACGAGUAUAUUGCACCUGCUGACGCUGUUUUGGAACAGCCUGGACCACAUUUGGAUAGACCUCGAGUUCAAAGUUUGAGCGAUGUACGAGCGAGAGAAGGUCACAGACACGUUCAGUCGAACGUGGACUAUUCGGAAGUAUUCAAAGGCAAGAAACGUUCACACAGAUCGAACGGAUAUCACCACGGGAACGAUACGGCAUCCGAACACAGCGAGGGAGGGUCUAGUAAUCUCUCCUCCCGGCGAGGCAGUGGUUCACGACGAGCUCACGAUCAAAUUACCACCUCUAGAGAAGUCUUCCCCCACGAGGCUCGACCGAGUCUCGCCCAUAUACCUACCCAAUCAACCUCCACACGAGUGGCUAAGUUUAGAAAGUGCCUCUGGGGCGUGUUUGUGGUGAUAAAAACUUUUGAGUCCCAGGACGAGAAUGAGUUGUCCGUAUUGGAAGGGGAACAUGUAUCGGUAUGGAAUCAAGACGAUCAGGAUUGGUUCUGGAUCGUGAAGCACUCUACUUCGGAUGAGGGUUUCGUUCCAAGCCGGUUUCUCAAAGAAGUGGUGGCUUCUGAAGUUCAACCCACAAGUGUUUCUGUGCAAUCCCACCAACUACCUCCGAUUCCACCCAAACACCACUCAAACCACACCCACUCAGAUACCGGACAAUUCCGAAACCGCUCACACUCACAAGAAUCCAGCAAUCAAGUUAAUCAAACCAAUCAAGUCAAUCGCAAUCGAGGGCGACUAAACUCAGGCGGAAGUUCUCGAUCUCGUUCCAGUCUGAAAGCCAACCACUCUGUGACAAGCAUCGAGAAAAUGGAGAUACCAGAGAGUCCCUCGACCACACCCCCUCCUCCGUAUUGCGAGUACGAGCACACACACUCUCACCAGCCCGCCCCCACACAUCCUCACCAGCCCGCCCCCACACGUCAUCACAGCCUCUCACAGCACGAUGGUCACUCGUCACAGCAAGGUGUCGUGGCACAGAUGCAUCGGACACGCUCGCAAGGUCAUGUGAUCAGACAGAGACCACACCCACCCCCACCCAUGCAGAGAUUUCUGAGCCCACCAGAGACUUACAAUUUACGAUCUCCUACGACUUCUAUUGACGAUGGAACUCUUGUUUGAAUUGACUACUUGAACAAUUCUUUUUGCUAGUGUGUGACUGUGUGUGUUGUAUUUAAGUCGACUUUGUAUGUUUGUAUAAAUUAUAUACCCAACUUUGUAAUAAUUAUUGUGUUAUGCGA